ACAUUGGACGCGUGCCACGCGCUGCUUGCUCCUCAACGUCCUUGCCACGAGCAUCGCAACUCGCCGCAGACUUCUGUUUGUUUGUUUGUUUGUUUGUUUGUUUGUUUUUUUUCUUGUUCCUCUGAUUGUGCACGUGCAGCAAAUUCCAAGUUCCAAUGUUCACCAAUUGGCUGACUGGCAGCAGCAACAGCAGCACGCCGGCAAUUCGGUCGUCGGUAGCGGGCAUCGUUGGUGCGGUGGGCAGUGGGACAGCCAGUGGAGUUAGUGCCUCCGCUUUGGUCAUGAGCUCGCCGCCGGAUGUCAUCCUGGAGGUGGGUCCGGCGCCCACCAAUGUCCGCUUCGUGGCCCACUCCCUGGUGCUGGGCAUGCACAGUGGCUACCUGCGUUCCGCCAUUCGUUUGGAUGAGGCAACCGCAACCGCAACUGCCGCCUCUGCCUCUGCAUCUGCAUCUGCAUCCGCAGCAGCAGGUGCAUCAGCAGCAGCGGGCGCAUCCGCAGCAGCUGGCAGUUGCAACGCAGCAGGAAGCGCAGCAACGACGGCAACGGGCGAACUGCUGCUGUAUCUCGGCAAUGUGACCGCCGAUCAGUUUGCACCGCUGCUCACCUACAUGUACACCGGCUAUCUGGACUUGACCGUGGACAACAUCUUUGCCGUGCUGCUGGCCACCCAUGUGCUGCACAUGCCACGUGCUCUGGAAAUCUGCCGCUCAUUUUUGGCGCGCGCCCAAACGGAGGGCUAUUUGAACGGCAAUCCCGCCCAGCUGUGUCCAGUGCCCAGCAUUCCCGCCAAGGUCAUCCGCCCGAUACCCAGCAAGGCCACCAUGCCCAACUUCGGCUUUCUGCCCAUGCCACAAGGUGCUCCAAGUGCUCAUCCAAGUGCUCAUCCCACUGCUCAUCCCACUGCUCAUUCAACUGCUCAUCCAAGUGCUCAUCCCACUGCUCCAACUCCCACUCUCAGUUCCUUUGGCGCCAACUCAUCGCACCUGGAGCACCACGAGUCCACGUCGCUGCUGGAUGAUGCCAACGCUGUGGACGAGGACGAGGAUGUGGAGGUGUUCAUCGACAGCAACACGAUGACGGAUAACGAGGCGGAUCUCGAACCGGACGUGGACAUGGACUGCAAUGUGUCGGUGGUAAGUUCGCUGGACAGCCUGAACAUCGAGCGUCUGGAUGUGAAGCCACCCACGCCAACUGCAACAGCAAGAGCAACAGCAACAACCUUGCCACCAAUGGUGGCCACUGCUACUGCAGCUGUUGCUGCCACCAAAGCCAAGUCGCAAAGUGUGCCGUCGAAAGGUGUCAGCUCCAGGCGGGAUUCGCAUGCGAAGGUCAGUAGAACGAAAUCGAAUGCGUCCAGCAGCAGAUCCCGGAAAUCCAGUGGCCUGCAGGUGGCCAGGGCACCGAUUCCAGCUGCCCAAUUGGAUUUGACACCCAAUGCCACACCCAUAACGCCCACGAAAUUCAUCAUCGAUGUGGCCAGUUGCGAUGGACCGGUGCGUUUUCGUCGCAUCUUGAACACGGCCUACGGCCACAAGCCGGUGGAGGCGAUGGAUGCGACGAACACGGCUGCUCCAGCUGCAUCCACAUCCAUGGCGGUGGAGCAACAUCGCAGCCAGCAGAGUGUCAGCUAUUCGUUUCACCAGCAAAUGGCCCGUGCCAUCAGCAGUCAGCAGCGGCAGCUGAGUCACCAGCAGCUGGAGGAGAGCGAGAACAGUGGCGAUGCCACACCACCAGCGACGCUGGGUGGCAGCAAGCAGCCACGUGCCACUGCAUCUGCCACAUCUGUGGGCACUAGAAAGUCACAGGCAACUGGAGCUGCAACUGGAGCUGCAACUGGAAAUGCAACUGCAACCAGUGGCAAUCAGGAGCUGUAUGUGUGCGUCUAUUGCAAGCACACCUUCAAGUCGCAGUACUGCUAUCAAAAGCACGCCAAGCGACACCUCAACCCCCUGACAUUGACCACCACCACCACCACCACCACCACCACGGAGAAGAAACUGCUGGCGGAACCGGCCGCCGCUUCCAUGGCCAGCAGCUCGGAAAUGGAUCACACAUCGUUGGCUCAGAGUGGCGCCACAAACGCAGUUGUUGCAAAUGGUGCAACAGCAACAGCAGCUGCAGCAGCAGCAGCAGCAGGAGGAGGAGGAGGAGGAGGAACAGCAGCAACAGCAGCAUUGUUGCGACGAGAGGUGCGACCGCUGGACAUGAAUGUGCAGUAUUAUCCAUGCAAAACGUGCGGCAGCAAGUUUCCCAGCUACUAUUUCGUGCACAAGCAUCGCAAGAUGUGCCAUGCGGAUGAGAUUGAGGCGACUGCCACCAGCAACACGAGCAACACAAGCAACACGAGCAACAAUAGCCACAAUAGCAGCAGCAACACGAGCAGCAACAGCAACACAAGCAGCAGCAACACCAGCAACAGCAGCAACAACAACAACAAACGCGAGGAUCAGCAGACACAGCAGCAACAUUAG